AUGUUUGUCUGGAAGAACGCUUCAAAGCUUCAAAGGCAGGUAAGGAAAGUCUUCCAGCAGGUUUCAAGUGAUAAAUUUAAGUUUUUUACGAGGUUCAGCCCGGAGAUGACGUCAAAUUUACCUAAAAGAAGUCCAGAGGACAAUCCCAUGGCAGUUAUAGCUCGUUGCAAGAAAGAAGGACGACCGGUGUUUGUAGCCGGACCAAUGGUUCGAUACUCGAAGCUUCCAUUCCGGGAGUUGGUGCGACAUUACAAAACAGACAUAGUUUACACACCUAUGAUCUUAGCACGGGAGUUCGUGCGGCAUGAAAAUGCAAGAAUUAGUGAUUUUACAACGAAUGCAGGUGACAGGCCGUUAAUUCUGCAGGUUGGAGCCAAUAACGUGACAGACUUGCUUCGAAUGUGCGAGAUGGUGCAUCCUUAUGUUGAUGGUAUAGGUCUCAACUGUGGUUGCCCCAUUAAGGAGCAAGUUCGAGAGGGAAUAGGAGCAGCACUCAUGUCGAAAAAGGAGCUAGUGGCAGAUAUGGUUCGUGCCUUGAAGAAAAAGUAUGGGGAUACACUUGUAAUGGAGGUCAAAAUCAGAGUUCACGCGGAUAUAGCAGAGACUAUAGAGUUUGUGAAGUGUGUAGAGGAUGCAGGUGUGGAUUUUAUAACUGUUCACGGAAGAACAAAGAACACGCGAUCUUCGGUUCCUGCAGAUUUCGGCAAGAUUAAGGCCAUCAAAGAGAUCGCAACUGUGCCAAUUAUAGCCAACGGAGAUUGCCGGAGCCUUAAAGAUGCAUACAGCAUUUGCAAAUAUACUGGUUGUGAUGGAGUAAUGGCAGUUAGGGGUGUUUUAUACAAUCCGGCGAUGUUUGCUGGAUUUAAAGAUACGCCGUGGGGUGCGGUAGAGCUCUUUUUGGACCUGGCUUCCUCAUAUGGACUUCCGUUUAGACUCAUACAGCAUCAUGUAAGCUGUAUGCUCGAGAGUCAAACAUCCAAAAAGCUUCAUAUUGAGCUUAAUGAGGCAACCUGCUUUGCCGAAAUGCUGGACUUUUUUGACAAGCACUUUACACUGAAGCGUUCUGGUGAUGCUGGCUUUGGAUCAGCCGUCAAUUUUCCGUAUAAAGAUGUCGAGGAGAGGAAUUUGGAAGAUCGAAAAAAGGAGAGCAGGCAGACUACUGGAAGAAGGCUAAAAUUGUAG